AUGGUUGCUGCUGUGUCUUCUACAACUACAACACCUAAUUCUAAGGUGUCAUCGUGGGGCUCGAAGCCGAAGCGUGCGCCGCUGUUGCCUUCCGAGGGUGAUAAAAAUGGUCAUCUUCUGCCACGGCGGCCGGAAUCUGGAGAUGUUACUUCACGGUACAUGUCUGCUACUACUUCCUCAAAUCCUAGUACAGAUGCAAUGAAUUCAUCAUCUUCGUCGUCGUCUUCUUGUUCGACGACAACGUUAUCUUUGAAUUCUGUCUGUACUCCGAGGASGCGGUUGCCGUCGAUGAAUCUCUUAGCGCCAGCAUCUCCGGUGAAAACUAAGCGAGAUCAAUCCGUGGAACGACGUCAUUCUGUUGGUAAGCCGCAUACAGGUGAGAUGUCGGCGAGCGCGAAGUCGUUGACGAAAAGGUCAGCAAGGAGUUUGUCGGUUUCAUUUCAAGGUGAAUCGUUUGCGCUUCCGGUUAGCAAGGUCGCAAAACCAUCGAAUAAUGGAUUGAGAAAUGGUACGCCGGAAAAGAGGAAGACGAUGGCGCCAGCAUCUAGGAUGUCCGAAAAUUUGAAGCCCAUCGACAAGCAACGAUGGCCUGGGAGAUCUCGGCAGGGAAGUUGUAUGACGAUGAGUGUAGAUUUUACAAAUGAAAAGAUGAAAUUCAGUGGAUCUGGGACCGCUGCCGCUGUUGAAGCUUCACGAAAAUCCAUGUCCGCCGUACAAACUGUUAAUUCCGAUCAUGCCAUUUCCGAUACCGAUAGUAUUUCCUCCGGCAGCACUCCAGGUAAUGUUCGAGGAGGAGGGCGUCGUGCUAUCGUGGUGCCGGCUAGGUUUUGGCAAGAAACUAUGAAUCUGCUUAGACGAGUGCAACCGGAGCCUGUUUCGCCAUCACCAUCGAAGAGCGAUAAGCUGAUCUCUGGAUACAAAUUUCUAGAUGAUGGUCCGAAACUAUCCCCAAAAGGUUCACCAUAUUCUCCGGUUAGAGGAGCUAUUCCGCCGCCUUCACCUAGCAGGAGAGCGAUCCCUUCAUCGCCACCGCGAAAUGCAGUAGGAUCAAACGAUAAUUUGGGAAAUACGCCUUCGAUCCUCAGCUUUUCUGUUGAUUCAAAGAGAGGGAAGGUUGGAGAGAAGAAGCUUGUUGAUGCACAUGUGUUGAGACUGAUGCACAACAAACAUUUGCAAUGGCGGUUCGCAAAUGCUAACGUAGAAGCUGCCAUGUUGGUCCAGCGAGCUACGGCUAAGAAAAGCCUAUAUAACGCAUGGGUGACUAUUUCGAAGAUAUGGCAUUCUGUCGUAUCCAAACGAGUAGAGAUGCAACAACUGAAGCAGAACUUGAAGUUGCAUUCUAUCCUCAAGAAACAAAUGUCGUAUUUGGAUAACUGGGAUCUAACCGAUAGGGACCACUCCAUUUCCUUAGCUGGAGCUAUUGGGGCUCUGGAGUCUAGCUCUCUUUGCCUUCCAGUUUUAUGUGGCGCAAAGGCAGAUAUUCUGAAUUUGAUAGAUGCCAUUUCCUCAGCCUUUGAUGUGAUGCAGGCAAUCACAGUCUCGAUAUGUUCUUUAGUAACUAAGGUGGAGCAUGUGAAUUCAUUGGCGUCUGAACUUGCAAGCUCAACGAAAACCGAAUGUUGUUUGCUUGAUCAGUGCAAGGAUCUAUUUACAACAUUGACACUCAUGGAGCAGGUGCAGGAUUGCAGCCUGAGAACACAUACAUUACAACUCAUGCCUACAACACGGCUGUGA